AGAGGGCGUGGGUUACAAAUUGAACACGGCAACACGCAACUUCACUGAAAGCCGUCAAAAAACCGGAUUUGAUAGCCGGCGAUAAGUCCGGUCACUUUUGUAAAUUUAUUUUCUUUCAAAAGGUUACUUCGUUCUGGUUGGGACUGCUUCGCCCAGAAGGAAAAAUCAGCGUCUUCCACCCUCCGAUCCAUAUUUCCCCAUUUUUAUCUUCAAUUCAUCAAAAUUUUCCCUUUUACUCAUCACCAGAAGCUUCGUAAACUGUGAACUGAACAUGGAUUUGGUUGCCAGUUGCAAGGAUAAGUUGGCAUAUUUCCGAAUAAAAGAACUCAAGGAUGUUCUCACUCAAUUGGGUCUCUCAAAGCAGGGAAAGAAGCAGGACCUUGUUGAGAGGAUAUUAGGCGCCCUUUCUAAUGAACAAGUUGCGAAGAUGUGGGCAAAGAGGGCUCUUGUGGGGAAGGAAGAUGUGGCAAAACUUGUUGAUGACAUUUACAGGAAGAUGCAGGUUUCUGCAACCACUGAAUUGGCAUCAAAGGGAGAGGGCAUGUCAGACAGUAGUAAUGUUAAAGUUAAAGGGGAAAUAGAUGAACCUGUUAAAUUAGAUAUUAAAGUUCGUUGUCCCUGUGGAAGUUCAUUGGAGACAGAGAACAUUCUCAGGUGUGAAGAUCGAAGAUGCCAAGUGCGGCAGCAUAUUGGCUGUGUUGUAAUCCCAGAGAAGCCUAUGGAGGGAAAUCCACCACUUCCUGAUCAAUUUUAUUGCGAGAUUUGUCGACUAAGUCAAGCAGAUCCUUUUUGGCUUACUAUUACGCACCCUUUAUAUCCAGUGAAGUUGGCUAUUACAAGUAUCCCUACUAAUGGUACAAAUCCAAUGCAAAGUGUGGAGAAAACAUUCCAAAUUACGAGAGCAGACAAGGACUUGUUGAUAAAACAAGAUUAUGAUGUCCAGGCAUGGUGCAUACUUCUGAAUGACAGAGUUCCAUUCAGGAUGCAGUGGCCUCAAUAUGCUGAUUUACAGGUCAAUGGUGUACCUGUUCGUGCUAUUAAUAGACCCGGCUCGCAGUUGCUUGGGGCUAAUGGCCGUGAUGAUGGUUCAAUUAUAACUCCAUGUACUAUAGAUGGAAUUAAUAAGAUAACUUUGACUGGAUGCGAUGCUCGUGUUUUCUGUUUUGGAGUUAGAAUUGUUAAACGUCGAACUCUUCAACAGAUAAUUAAUAUGAUUCCAAAGGAGACUGAUGGUGAACGUUUCGAAGAUGCUAUUGCUCGGGUUUGUCGUUGUAUUGGUGGUGGAACAACAACAGACAAUGGUGAUACUGACAGUGAUCUAGAAGUUGUUGCUGAAUUUUUUGGAGUCAACCUAUGUUGCCCUAUGAGUGGUUCAAGAAUGAAGGUGGCAGGAAGGUUUAAACCUUGUGUUCAUAUGGGUUGUUUUGAUCUUGAAGUUUUUGUGGAGCUGAACCAACGUUCUAAAAAGUGGCAGUGCCCCAUUUGUCUGAAGAACUACACAUUGGAGAAUGUUAUAAUUGAUCCUUAUUUUAAUCGCAUCACAUCCAAAAUGAGGAAUUGUGGAGAAGAUAUUACAGAGAUUGAGGUCAAGCCUGAUGGUUCUUGGCGUGCAAAGGUUAAAAGUGAAAGUGAGUGCGGAGAACUUGGUGAUCUUGCACAAUGGCACUCUCCUGAUGGCACCUUAUGUGGAUCUGGCAGUGCUGAGGUCAAGCCAAGAGCUGAAACAUCGAAGCAGGUCAAACUUGAAGGUGCUUCUGAAGGUCAUACAGGUUUGAAACUUGGUAUCCGGAAAAAUCGCAAUGGAUUUUGGGAAGUUAGCAAGCCUGAAGAUUUGAACACCUCUUCUGGUAGUAGAUUACAUGAAAGGGUUGAACAAUACCAGCAAAAAGUUAUCCCUAUGAGCAGCAGUGCUAAUGGAAGUGUUAAGGAUGGUGAAGAUCCCAGUGUGAAUCAGGAUGGUGGUGGAACUUAUGACUUCACAAGCAAUGGAAUUGAACUUGAUUCCCUGCCUCUGAACAUAGACUCAACAUAUGAGUUUACCUAUCAAAAUCUAACUGGACCAGCCGGAAAUGCAGAAGUUAUUGUUCUUAGUGAUUCAGAUGAAGAGAAUGAAAUAUUGAUAUCACCUGCUACUGCCUAUAAGGAUAAUCAUAUUGAUGUUGCUGGAUUUAAUUUUCCAGUUGCUCCUCCUGGAAUUUCUCAUCAAUAUGCAGAAGAUCCAUCUCUCGGGUCUGCAGGUAGUUUGGGUCUUUUUAAUCCUAAUGAUGAAUUUGGCAUGCCUCUAUGGCCAUUACCUCCAGGAACACAAGAAAGCUCUGGGUUUCAACUAUUUAGUACAGAUACAGACGUCUCAGAUUCCUUAGUUGGUCUGCAGCAUAAUUCUCUCAAUUCUCCUCCAUUGAUGAAUGGCUAUACAAUGGCUCCUGAGACAACAAUGGGAUCUGCAACCCUUGUUCCUGGUUCCAUUGGUCAGACUGAUAUGGAUAUGAAUGAUAGCUUGGUUGACAAUACCUUGUUUGGUGGAGAAGACCCCUCUCUCCAGAUAUUUCUUCCAACCCGUCCUUCAGUUGUAUCACCACAGUCAGAUUUGAGAGAUCAAGCAGAUGCAUCAAAUGGCCUUCGGACAGAUGAUUGGAUUUCGCUUAGGCUUGGAGGUGGUGCCAGUGAAGGUCAUGGGGAUUCAGUCACUGUAAAUGGAUUGAAUUCAGGGCAGCGAAUUCCUUCUAGAGAUGAUGCUUUGGGUUCUUUGGCCGACACCGCUUCUCUGCUACUUGGCAUGAACAACAAUAGAUCUGAGAAGUCGAGUAGGCAAAGAUCAGAGAGCCCUUUCUUAUUUCCUCGGCAAAAACGUUCUGUAAGACCGAGAUAUCUUUCUAUUGACUCAGAUUCUGAGUAAUUGGAGUAGUUUGUCGAAAAAUGGCCCUACCUUGUGAAUCAUCUUACGAAGAACUGUGGUGAUCACUCAUGAAGAAAGUUCUGGCAUUUCAGUUCAACAUGAAAUGUAAAUUUGCAGAAGGAAAGCUCGGCUAAAAACAAAGAAAGUUGGCUACAGGGAGGUUCUACUACAUUCGAGUUCCCAAUUUUUUUGGUUAAAUGGUGAGCAUGAGGCUUUUUAUACAUGUUAACAUUGCGCAUUCAAUUGAGCAGCUUCUAAUUUAUGCCUUGUAAUUGGGUUGUUACCAUCUGCUUCACCCACAUUGAAUACCUAUUAAAUUGUACAGUGUAUGAUUUACUCUGACCAAAUCGGAAUUUUGAUCCAAUGGUUUAAAACCCUUUGGAUGCAGAUGGGGGGCUGGGGAGGGAAAAUUCAAAGAUCCACCGUUUUGCCUCUGUUUUAAAAAUGUCAGGAUCAAAUAGCCUCUAGGCUGAGACUAAAAUUCCAGUUAUUUGUAAGAUGAUAUUUGAUCAAAUCGAAGCCCUUAAUGUUGUAUCCAU